CGCCCGGCCCCCGUUUCCCGCGCGCGCGCCGCGGAGCUCUCGCGAGAGGCGCGUGCGGCAGACGGGGAGGACAAGAUGGCGGCGACAACGGCGAUGGCGCUGGGUACGGAGUCCAUUAAGAUGGAAAACGGGCAAAGCACAGCAGCAAAGCUGGGGCUGCCCCCUCUCACCCCGGAGCAGCAGGAAGCUCUCCAGAAAGCCAAGAAGUACGCGAUGGAGCAGAGCAUCAAGAGCGUGCUGGUGAAACAAACCAUCGCCCACCAGCAGCAGCAGCUCACCAACCUCCAGAUGGCAGCAGUGACAAUGGGCUUUGGAGAUCCUCUCUCACCUUUACAAUCGAUGGCGGCUCAGAGGCAGCGGGCACUCGCCAUCAUGUGCCGGGUCUACGUGGGCUCCAUCUACUACGAGCUGGGGGAGGACACCAUCCGCCAGGCCUUCGCCCCCUUCGGGCCCAUCAAGAGCAUCGACAUGUCCUGGGACUCCGUCACCAUGAAGCACAAGGGCUUUGCCUUUGUGGAAUACGAGGUUCCUGAGGCUGCCCAGCUGGCCCUGGAGCAGAUGAAUUCUGUCAUGCUGGGGGGAAGGAACAUCAAGGUGGGGAGGCCCAGCAACAUCGGGCAGGCUCAGCCCAUCAUUGACCAGCUGGCAGAGGAGGCCCGGGCCUUCAACCGCAUCUACGUGGCCUCUGUGCACCAGGACCUGUCCGACGACGACAUCAAGAGCGUGUUCGAAGCCUUUGGGAAGAUCAAAUCCUGCACCUUGGCCAGGGACCCCACGACAGGGAAGCACAAAGGCUACGGCUUCAUUGAGUAUGAGAAGGCACAGUCCUCCCAGGAUGCCGUGUCCUCCAUGAACCUCUUUGACCUGGGCGGGCAGUACCUGCGGGUGGGCAAGGCCGUGACGCCCCCGAUGCCCCUCCUGACCCCCGCCACACCUGGAGGGCUCCCACCUGCAGCUGCUGUCGCUGCCGCCGCCGCCACUGCCAAGAUCACGGCACAGGAAGCCGUGGCAGGAGCUGCAGUGCUGGGCACGCUGGCGACCCCGGGGCUUGUGUCCCCUGCCCUGACCUUAGCCCAGCCCCUGGGGGCUCUGCCUCAGGCCGUGAUGGCUGCACAGGCCCCCGGUGUCAUCACAGGUGUGACCCCUGCCCGGCCGCCCAUCCCGGUGACCAUCCCGCAGGUGGGGGUUGUGAAUCCCAUCCUGGCCAGCCCCCCGGCCCUGGGGCUGGUGGAGGUGAAGAAGGAGAAGGAGGAGGAGGAGGUGUUCCAGGAGUCGGAGCGGCCCGAGAUGCUGAGUGAGCAGGAGCACAUGAGCAUUUCGGGCAGCAGCGCCCGCCACAUGGUCAUGCAGAAGCUGCUCCGCAAGCAGGAGUCCACGGUGAUGGUGCUGCGGAACAUGGUGGAUCCCAAGGACAUCGAUGAUGACCUGGAGGGAGAAGUGACAGAAGAGUGCGGCAAGUUCGGGGCUGUGAACAGGGUCAUCAUCUACCAGGAGAAGCAGGGCGAGGAGGAGGAUGCCGAGAUCAUUGUCAAGAUCUUUGUGGAAUUCUCCAUGGCCUCAGAGACUCACAAGGCCAUCCAGGCGCUCAACGGGCGCUGGUUCGCGGGCAGGAAGGUGGUGGCCGAGGUCUACGACCAGGAGAGGUUCGACAACAGCGACCUCUCAGCUUGAACUGCACCCCACGGCUGGGCCUGGAGCUGGGAAUGGGCCCAGCUCUGAUCCCAGGGCUGGGCUGGGCUUAGAUCUGGGGCCUGCCUCUGAUCCCAGGGCUUGGAUCUGGGGAAUGGGCCCAGCUCUGAUCCCAGGGCUUGGAUCUGGGGAUGGUCCUGACUCUGCUCCCAGGGCUGGGCUGGGCUUGGAGCUGGGGCCUGACUUCUGCUUCCAGGGGUUGGAUCUGGGGAAUGGCCCUGACUGUGAUCCCAGGGCUGGGCUGG